AGAGUAAUCAGACCAUGAACAUGGAGUCAUCAUGUGAAAAUGAUGAUAGCCAGACUGUCAUGUCAUUUGAUGACGAGCAAGAUGAUAUAUCAUCAGAAGCAUCAGCGUCUCUGGCUGCCACAUCACGUGCAACUAUCGUUACACCAUCGCCCGGCGGUGUUCAAAAAAAGGGUAAGAAGGCACAGAAGGUUCCAACUUCAACAGAUGCUUCCCCAGCAGUGCUCCAAAUAUGGGAGAAAAAGGUUGAACUGCUGGAAAAAAGCAAAAAUGAGUAUAGAGAGGUCUCCAGAAAGUUGUUGAGUCAGAAUGAAUUAUUGCAAGCACAGCUGCAAAAGUCGGAGAAGGAUACUGUUGAUGUUCUCUCCUUCCUCAAGCGACAGGAUGAGCAAAAGCAAAACCAGAUUGAGAAGUUGGAGGGUGACAGUGAGGGCACAAGGUGUCAGUUCCAGCUCCGAAUUGAAAGAAUGGAGGAGAAACAUGUGGAGAGUGCAGAGGAGCUACAGACACAGCUCGAAAAGAAGACCCACGAGCUGGAAAUGGUUCACCAUCAGCUAAAGUCUGUCAAGGAUUUCCAGACACACAAAGAUAUCAUGACAAGAGAGAUAAACAUUUUAAAAGAUACGCUAUUGCAUGCGAAGAAGCUACACAGGGCAACACUGUACAAACUGGAGAGGAGGUUCUUUGAGGAGAAGAUGAAACUGCAGCAGGAAGCAGGCCAGAAGAUUGCCGACCUGUCUGAGCAGGCUCAUAACCGUGCUGUCGCGAAUCUGAGUGAGACGACAAAGGCGGUGUACAAGGACAACCAACGUAUGACGACAGUACUGAGCUUUCACGUGAAGAACAGCAACGCGAUGCGCCUGCAGCUAGAGCAGCUGCAGUCAGAGAACAGAGAGCUGCAGCAGGACAAGGAGCUCAACGAGCAAAUCGCACAUGGCAAGAUUGAGGAGUCGAAGAAACAGAAAGAUCAGAUAGCAAAGUUGCAACAGCAGGUGGAGUCCCUAAAGAAAACCAUUACAGUGCUGUCAGAGAGAUACAACACAGACAGGUCUGUUCUUCUUCAAGAGAAGCAUACUGAAACACAGUCUUGCCAGGCUGAACAAGCAAAGCUUCAGCAGGCAUUACAAAAUAAGUGCCAUGAGGUCAGCAAGGUGCGUCAUCUAGCACGGAGCAUUAUACGUCAACGAAGCGAGAUGGAAGAGUUCUUUCUGGAUGCACUCGAACAUGUGAAAAAUGAAAUCACUUUCACUAGGCAGCAAUACAGGAAAGAAGUGCAGACUAAAUAUAACAAGCGCAUGAUGGCUGCCUACUGUGGCAAGGGCAGCUACCCUCCUGUACGUACAUUCACAAAACAGAAAGGGAGUUCCAACAGUGUUUUCAGUGAUUUGGAAUUGGGUGAAAAUUGCGAGAAACUCAAGAUAGGGACGGGUGUAGAUGGCAAGGUAGACAUCAGCGACUUGACAUGGGAACAGAAGGAGAGAGUUCUGCGCUUCCUCUUCAGCAGGAUGAACAGCAGAUCGCGAGGAAGGAGGCAACAGCCGCUGGACGCGACACCUGGCCCCCGGGGCAAAGCCCACAGUAUCAGUGACCAGGUAGCAGAAUCUACUGAUCACACAUUCAUCACUCAAGCCAAAGUAGACAGGACUGGACAUGUGUUGGGCCAAGCAGACAUAGCUCAAAUAAUAGAACCACUGGGCAGUCUAUAGCUUAUACAGAUGUGGUAAAUUUAACUGUAACCAUGUAGAUAUUGCUGUGAACAAAACUAUUCAGUAAUGACACUAGCUGACUAUUUGAUUCAGCUGCCUGGUGUACUUAUAGUCUGUUUUAGUGUUGUGCAUUGUGCAGUCUAUUAUUUCCUUUGAUAUCAGUGCCAUAUGUUGCAGAAAAAUGCACAAAGCCAGUUGAAUCACACCGUCAUCGUAACUAUUUAAAUAUAAUUGUAAUGUGAAAGUCUAGCACAUAUACAUCAUAUUUGACAACUAUUAUUUACAGAUAUAAUAUAUUGCACAUUUUUAGUGCUUGUAAAUAA